AUCCUAAUCUACAGAGGAAACAGGAAAAAGGAACUUAAAACUCCCUGUGCUCAGACAGCCACAGAGACUGUUCUAGCCCACUCCAGUGUUACAGCUAACUUGUCGUUCCCUGGUGAUGGUAUUACAUUGCCAUACAAUACAAACAAAGUGCCUCAACGAAGGGUAACCCCACUGAAAGGACCUCUGUUACUCCACAGGCUGCUGUACAAACUGGAUGGAUAUACUUGGCAAACCGUGGACUUUUUUACCGUUUUUAACUCUCUGUGGAUUCAGCCUCAUGCUAUCAGGUAAUGUGGAAGCAGCCCUGGACUUGAUGUUUAUCAAUUCUCUUCCUACUGUGGCUGAUUCAGAGACAUCACUAGUCUGUAUUGCACCAAGCUGGUGGUCCCCAGAUUCUCUCACCAUUGGGCGAGACUAUGAAGCAUUGAUGAACCAGCAUCAAGACCCACUGAUAGUGACUGAAGAUGAGACACGAGGAACAGCAAAAAAGGUGGUAUGGCAAAGGGCACAAUCCGAUAAAAGCAUUGGCGCUUAUUAUUGUGAAGGAAAAUUCAAAGAUCAAGUUACAAGGAUACACACAAUGAAGAUGCCACAAGAAGCUUCCUUCCUUCCAGUGGCCUUAACUAUUACAGCAAACAAGGAAGACUGGAUCACCAUUCCCUUCCACAGAAAGGUGGUUAAAGAGGAAGAUGCAGUGAUCUACAAAAAUGGUACUUUCAUAUAUUCUAUCCUCAGGCAGGAAGUUCCAGAACUGCUGAAAGUGCCCAUUGGUAGGGGAGUUCAGCUGCAAGAUGCGGGGGUUUAUUCCGCCAGAUACAUAGGAGGAAACCACUUUAACUCAGCCUAUACUAGGCUGAUAGUACGGAGGUGUGAAUCUCAGAAAUGGGGACCGGAUUGUAGCUCUCACUGUCCUGACUGCAAGAAUGGUGGCAUCUGUCAUGAAGAUACUGGGGAAUGCAUUUGCCCACCAGGCUUUAUGGGGAAAACAUGUGAAAAGGCUUGUGGAGAAAACACAUUUGGCAGGACUUGUAAAGAGAACUGUAAGGAAGACUCCGGUUGCAAAUCAUUUGUGUUUUGCCUGCCUGACCCAUAUGGUUGUUCUUGUGCCUCAGGCUGGAAGGGACUCCAGUGUGAUGAAGUUUGUGAGUCUGAUUUUUAUGGGCCAGAUUGCAAAGUGGCGUGUAACAACUGCAAUAACCGAGGAAGGUGUGACAGAUUUAAGGGCUGCGACUGCAACCCCGGCUGGCAUGGCCUACAAUGUGAAAAAGAAGGUUCAGCAGAUGAAUCACCCCAGAUAGAAAACUUACGAGAUGCACUGGAACUCAAUUCUGGCUCAGAGUUUCACCCUAGUUGCAUAGCUACUGGCAAGCCGCUUCCUAUGCAAGAAGAAUUUAAACUGCUAAAACAAGAUGGGGCGGUCCUUAAGCCUGUCUCAGUGAUGAAUAGAAGCAAUCAGUCAGAAGCUACGUUUUAUAUCAAAAAAGUCCAGCCUCCUGAUUCUGGAACAUGGGUCUGCAUUGUUGAGACAGUAGCAGGCAUGACAGAAAAACCUUUUCAAGUUACAGUUAAAGUUGUUCCUGUGCCUAUAAAUGCUCCCAAGUUGGUAGGGAGAGGGCACAAUUUUCUCAUCAUUGAUGUGAAUGCUGAUUCACAUACUGGGGAUGGACCAAUUGUGUUAACCAAGAUUCUCUACAAGCCUGCCAAGUACCAUUAUUCCUGGAAGUCAAUGGAAGUAGCUGAAAAGACCAUAAAACUAGACAAUCUGGAUCCAAAAACAGAAUAUCAGUUCUGUGUCCAGCUGACUCGCAGAGGAGAUGCAGGAGAAGGACAUCCUGGUCCACAGGCCAGUUUCACUACAGCCACUGUUGGUCUCCCUCCACCAAGAGGUCUCACUCUUGUUCCUCAAAGCACAACAGCCCUGCAAUUGUCAUGGCAGCCAUUCAUUCAGCCCUUUGAAGAUGAUGUUCAUGUUGAAGUAGAAAUGAAGAGUGUGAAUGACAGGAAUGGGGAUAGCACCACUAGCUUUAGUCUGCCAGGAAAUGAGUCUACGCUGAUUAUUGAGCAUUUGGAGCCCAGACACCAGUAUAUGUGUCGAAUCCGUGUGAACAGCAAAUCCCAAGGAGAAUGGAGUUACUACCUGUAUGCAUGGACCCUCAGUGACCGAAUUCCACCGUCCCCUGAUAAUAUCAGGAUUGAAAACAUCACAGACUCCUCUUCUAUAAUCUCUUGGUCCACAGCUGAAGGACAUUCCAUCUCCUCUAUCAUGCUCAGCUAUAAAAUUUAUGGCAAGGCUGAGUACAACCAUAUUGAUGUAACAAUAAGAAACACCACCAUUACUCAGUACCAGCUCAAGGGUCUUGAGCCAAACACUGAAUAUUUGGUUCAGAUAAGUGCCUACAACAAUGUGGGACAGAGCAACCCAAACCUUUCUUAUGAACUGAAAACCUUACCAGAAACUAAAGUUCCACAUGAGUCAAAAGGAGGGAAGAUGUUGCUGAUCGCAAUUCUUGGCUCAGCAGGGAUGACUUGCCUAACAAUACUGCUGGCCUUUUUCAUCAUGCUGCAGCUGAAGCGAGCAAACUUCCAGCGACGAAUGGCCCAGGCCUUCCAAAACGUUGUGCGAGAUGAGCCAGCAGUACAGUUCAAUUCAGGAACUCUCACCCUAAGCCGGAAAGCCAAAAACUGCUCAGGACCAACUAUCUAUCCAGUUCUAGAGUGGAAUGAUAUCAAAUUUCAAGAUGUGAUUGGAGAAGGCAAUUUUGGCCAAGUUCUCAAAGCACGAAUCAAGAAGGAUGGUUUGAGAAUGGACGCAGCCAUCAAAAGGAUGAAGGAAUAUGCCUCCAAGGAUGAUCACCGAGAUUUUGCUGGAGAAUUGGAAGUACUUUGUAAACUUGGACAUCAUCCUAACAUAAUAAACCUUUUGGGAGCAUGUGAACAUCGAGGGUAUCUCUAUCUUGCUAUUGAAUACGCUCCCCAUGGAAACUUGCUGGACUUCUUGCGGAAGAGUCGGGUCCUAGAGACUGACCCAGCCUUUGCCAUUGCUAACAGUACAGCUUCCACACUGUCCUCCCAGCAGCUUCUUCACUUUGCAGCUGAUGUGGCCAGAGGGAUGGACUACCUGAGCCAAAAACAGUUUAUUCACCGGGAUCUGGCAGCAAGAAAUAUCUUGGUUGGAGAAAACUAUGUUGCAAAAAUUGCAGAUUUUGGAUUGUCUAGAGGCCAAGAGGUUUAUGUUAAGAAAACUAUGGGAAGGCUUCCAGUGAGAUGGAUGGCAAUUGAGUCCCUAAACUACAGUGUGUAUACUACAAACAGUGAUGUGUGGUCCUAUGGUAUGCUGUUAUGGGAAAUAGUUAGCUUAGGUGGAACACCAUACUGUGGGAUGACUUGUGCGGAACUCUAUGAGAAAUUGCCACAAGGAUACCGACUGGAGAAACCUCUCAACUGUGACGAUGAGGUUUAUGACCUGAUGAGACAAUGCUGGAGAGAGAAGCCUUAUGAGAGGCCUUCGUUUGCUCAAAUACUCGUGUCAUUGAACAGGAUGUUGGAAGAAAGGAAGACAUAUGUGAACACUACCCUAUAUGAGAAAUUCACCUAUGCAGGCAUUGAUUGUUCCGCUGAAGAAGCUGCUUAGGAUGGAAGAGCUUCAUUUAUUUAUCAGUUUAAGCACCCAAAGACCUUGAUCUUCUGGGACAUAAACAUGCAGUGAUGUAUAAAUGGCAUACUGGGCUCUCUGUACAGGACCUUUUAACUACACAUCAGUAUCUUACAGUGAGUUUUGUCUCAGUAUCCUGUAGGAUUAUGUACAUAAGUGUGUGU